CAGACAUGACAGCAUAAUUUAUGCGCUUGAGUCACGCAGGAAGAGUAUUUUAUGAAAUGAUAAAGUCCAGAAUGUUUAAUAGAUAAAGGGAAGAACUGCUAGGUUAUUUUGAGCAAGCUAAACCUCUUGUAUUACCAGCAGAGACAUAAAUUAUUUCUGACUUCAGUCAUCUGCUGAUGCGGCAGAUAUGGAGGUUGAAAACUUCGUUUCCAAAACAAUUGAGCUCCUUCAAGAGGAGAGAGAAGCUGAGCUAGAGGAAACCAGAGCAUGGCGGGAGAAUUUAUCUCCCAAGAAUCUACAGAACAAAGGAGUAUACCUGCAGAAACUUCAGGUCGGAAGUCAGCAUACUGGCAUGUAUGGCAGACUUCUAGUUGUUUUUGAACCCAGGAAAAUUAUAGGACCCUCAGUUCUUCCCAGCAACACCUUUGGACCUGGUGAUAUAAUAGGUUUAUAUCAAUCUGAGGGUCAGGGUCAGUUAUCUCAACUGGGCUCCGGUGUAGUGACACGUGUUACUCAAACGUCUUUGACAGUGGCUUUUGAUGACACACAAGAUGGUAUUAAUGUGGACAGAGAUGGACUCUACAAUCUUAUGAAGUUGGCAAAUGAUGUGACCUACAGGCGACUGACAACUGCCUUAAACUCUUUAAAUGGAUACAGCAGUGGUCCAGCGACUCAACUGAUCAGUGUCCUCUUUGGUUACUCAGAACCAGGGACAUUAUCACAUCAACAUGUAUUGGAAUUUAGCAACGUCAUGUUAGAUCAUUCUCAGAAGGAGGCUGUGUCCUUUGCAAUUUCUCAAAAAGAGGUUGCAAUCAUACACGGGCCACCAGGGACUGGUAAAACCACAACAGUGGUUGAAGUAAUCCUGCAGGCAGUAAAGCAAGAACAAAAGGUCCUUUGCUGUGCUCCUUCCAAUGUGGCCGUUGAUAACUUGGUGGAGCGCCUGGCAAAGAACAAGGUCAAGGUUUUGAGAUUGGGUCACCCUGCCCGUCUGCUUGAAUCAAUUCAGAAACAUUCACUGGAUGCUGUACUUGCACAUAGUGACAACACUAAUGUCAUCUCUGAUAUUCGCAAGGACAUGGACAAAGCUUUUAGUGAAAUGAAGAAGACCCGUGACAAAGGCCAACGGAGCAACCUGAGACGGGAAAUAAAGGAAUUGCGGCGAGAACUGAGGUCAAGGGAGGACACAGCUAUCAGUCAAAUCCUGAAGAGAGCUGAUGUUAUUCUAGCUACUAACACUGGAGCUUCUGAUGAUGGUCCUCUGAAACAUCUUCCUAAUGAUCACUUUGACCUAGUGGUAAUAGAUGAGUGUGCUCAGGCUCUAGAGAGCAGCUGUUGGAUCGCUCUGCUCAAAGCACGUAAGUGCAUACUAGCUGGGGAUUACAAACAGCUGCCACCGACCAUCAAAUCACAGAGUGCUGCAUCUAAAGGCCUGUCUGUGAGUUUAAUGGAGAGGCUGAUUAAGAAAUACGGAGACUCAGUGGUUCGAAUGCUAACCACUCAGUAUCGCAUGAACAAUGCCAUCAUGCAGUGGGCUUCAGAGCAGAUGUACCAGGGCAAACUGAUCGCACACACUUCAGUGGAGAAACACUUGCUAAGGGACCUGCCUGGUGUUGUUGAUGUUGAGGAGACCAGAAUUCCGCUUCUGCUCAUUGACACUGCAGGCUGUGGCCUUAAUGAAAUUGAGGACACAGAUGAGCAGUCUAAAGGCAAUCAAGGAGAAGUAGACAUUGUGGCUCUUCAUAUAAAAGCUCUUACUGAGGCUGGAGUUCAAGUCAGAGACAUUGCGAUUAUUGCGCCCUAUAAUCUCCAGGUGGAUCUUUUGAGACAGAAACUGUCCCUUAAACAUACCGAGUUGGAGAUAAAGUCUGUGGAUGGCUUCCAGGGCAGAGAGAAGGAGGCAGUGGUGUUGUCAUUGGUCAGAUCCAACAGAAAGGGUGAAGUUGGAUUUCUUGCUGAAGACAGAAGGAUCAAUGUGGCUGUGACACGUGCCAGACGCCAGCUCGUAGUAGUGUGUGAUUCUCAAACUGUUCGAAGCCACGAUUUUCUCAAAUCCUUAGUGGACUACAUGACUGAACGUGGGGAAGUUCGGACUGCCUUUGAAUACCUGGAAGACUGUGUACCACAGAAUUACAUCCGUGACUCAAAAGACAAACAGCCCAAUGGCAAAGAUAUUUCAUCCACAACACAGAAGCCCAAGAACCAGGGCAAGAAAGCAGAUCAAGAACAUAAGAAAAGUGCUGAAAACAAAAGCAGAGGAGAGGGUCAACCCAAUGUUCAUUCCCAUCAACACAAUCAAAACAAAUACACCAACCAUCCUAAACCCAAAGAUGCUGAUCAGACCCAAAAUAAAAGAAAAGAAAUAAAGGAGCAGAUAUUGAACUUUCUGAAGGAUUCAAACAAGACAGAGCUACAGUUUCCUUCCUCGCUGAAUUCCCACGAACGUCUGCUGGUCCAUGAGCUCUCUGAAGAAAUGGGAUUGAGACAUGAAAGCCAGGGAGAAGGGAAAAACCGCUGUAUCACUGUGGCGCAGACUCUGCCAGGACUAGAAAAACUGGUGAAGGAACAAGAUCCCAAACAACAAAGUACUGGGGUGGAGCUACUUGAAGAAUCACAAAAGAAACCUUCAAAGCCCGCUGUUGAUUUGAAAAUCUUGCAUUUGGAGCGUAUGCGUCGGGAGCAGGAAAAACGAGAAGAAAAAAAACAGCAGCGUAUGAGACCAGAGCCAGAUCUCAAUACCAGCAAAGGCCAGUCUUUUAAGAAGUCCAAAGGAAAGGCUAAGAUAAAAGCAGCUGCAACAGACAUAGCUGCUGCUGCCACAGCAGAUGAUGAUUUUGACACUCUUAUCGAUGCUGUAGUUAAGGCAGAACGAGUGUGUGCCUUUGUGAAGUGCAAAGCCAGUGUUCUCACACUGGGACAGCUCUGCAUCUUCUGCAAAAGACAAUACUGUCUGAGUCACCAUAUACCUGAGGUUCACGGAUGUGGAGACAAAGCAAAAGCUCAGGCUAGAAUGAGGAUAAGUAAAGAAGGAGUGCUCUAUGCUGGAAGCGGAGAGAAGGACAAGUCAAUAGAUCCAAAUAAAAAAGCAUAUCUGCAGAGAAAACUGGACUCCAAACUCAAAGAUAUGGCAACUCAAAGAAAAACCAAAGCAAAGGACAAAGAACAUUGACAUUUUAGGAGACACUAGAUUAAGUUGAUGCUGUUGAAUUUGAAUUAAAAAUUGUUAUUUACAUGAAAAUAAUUAUAGAAAGAUUUCUAUGCUUUAGCAUUUUUGUUAUCAAAUCAUCAUGACUAUUUAGGUGAUUUUGUGGCUAAUAUGUUCUAAGAUACGUCUGGUUUAAUAUAGAUCCACACUAGAAGGUCUAAAUGUUAAGCGAAUCACAAAGAUGAAACAAAGAUGCCAGCCUUUUUCAAUAGUCCUUUCUGGCACUGAGACUGAAAAUAGUUUUUUUGAAUGACUCAAAGUGCUUAAUAGACCCACCCUAAUGCUGGUAUUAAAUUCCUUUACAAGAUUUAUGUUUUGCAGAAUCAUUGUUGGGAUAUAUAAUUGGACUCCUUUCAAAGCAAUUAAUACUUAUUAGGUAGACUACUGGAACCAGAUCUUAGAAAAACUACUCCAUGUUCUAUCUGAAUGAUUGAUGUAAUGAUAGACCAUGUCAGAUGGAACCGUACUUGGUUAUCUCAUAGAGUUUUGAGCUGCUUCCAGUUAAUACUGGGUAUAAUAUAUUUAGUUUAGCACAGUUUCUCCACAAAAGCAUGGGCUUACACAUCUUGGCAUCUCUGCAUAUACUGUCCAGUAUAUCUUCUCUUAUCCACAAGACGACAUAAGAGACAGGAGGAAUUGCGAGCUCCAUGGGUGCAGUUAGUGGAGAAUUUUAAUCGGGAGUGCAUUAAAAGGAGCACUACAGAAAUCAAUACCUCUUGAGAUUGUGCAAUAAUAUUUAACACUUUUGAUCCUUGUGAUAACUGUCUAUUGUGUCAGGUGCAAUGUAAACUCUUUAAGUUGUC